AUGAACCUCACACAGAGCCAGGUGGAGGAGCUGAGGAGGGAGAGGGAGGAGGGGAGGGUGUCUUUCUCUGCCUCACUGACAUCUGGUGAAGAAACCAGAGGGCCUUAUCCAGAUGACACUUCCCUAGUCUACAGAAACAUCAUCACUAACGUUGGUAACCACUACAACCCAAGCACAGGGGUCUUCAGAGCGCCAGUUAGAGGCGUAUACCAGUUUCUUAUGUUUGCUCAUGGCCACGGCCAUGCAUCCCACCCCGUUGUAAUUGCUCUUUUUAAAAAUGGGGAGCUCAUUGUCACUGCAUGGAGCCAUCAGCGAACAUACAGUGUGAACCCGUCCAAUGGAGCUUCUCUACAGCUGGAGGUGGGAGAUGAGGUCUACGUGAAGCUGUGGGCCAACGCACGGGUGUUUGACAACGAGAACCGACACACCAGCUUCUCUGGCCACCUGCUCUUCCCCAUGUGA